AGGACUCUAUAAAUGCCCUGGUCUUAGACUUGGACUACCCUGCACUACGCAAGAACAAAAACAUCGAAACCUUUUUAAACAGAUAUGAAAAAGUCAUAACACAGACUCGAGACCUCCAGAUGAAGUCAGAAGACUUUGACAGAGUUAAAGUCAUCGGUCGAGGGGCAUUUGGUGAAGUCCAACUCGUCCGGCAUAAAGCCUCUCAGAAGGUCUACGCCAUGAAGCUGCUGAGCAAGUUUGAGAUGAUCAAACGCUCAGACUCAGCUUUCUUCUGGGAAGAGAGGGACAUCAUGGCCUUCGCCAACAGCCCCUGGGUGGUGCAGUUGUGCUGUGCCUUCCAAGACGAGCACUUCCUGUACAUGGUGAUGGAGUACAUGCCGGGCGGAGACCUGGUGAACCUCACCAGCACCUACGACGUGCCUGAGAAGUGGGCCAAGUUCUACACGGCAGAGGUGGUGAUGGCUCUGGAAGCCAUCCACUCCAUGGGCUUCAUCCAUCGAGACGUGAAGCCCGACAACAUGCUGCUGGACAGACUGGGACACCUCAAGCUGGCCGACUUCGGCACGUGCAUGAAGAUGGACACUACCGGCAUGGUGCACUGUGAUACGGCGGUGGGGACUCCGGACUACAUCUCUCCUGAGGUGCUGAAGUCCCAGGGAGGAGACGGCUAUUAUGGCAGAGAGUGUGACUGGUGGUCCGUCGGCGUCUUCAUCUUCGAGAUGCUUGUUGGUGACACACCGUUCUACGCCGACUCUCUGGUGGGAACCUACAGUAAGAUCAUGGACCACAAAAACUCCCUCAACUUCCCUGAUGACGUGGAGAUCUCCAAAGACGCCAAGAAUAUCAUCUGUGCCUUCCUGACUGACCGGUACACAGAGAAACAGUCUUUCACACUUCUAAAUGUGCCUGUGUGACGCUCAAACGGCUGUGUGGAAUAGGGAGAUUCAAAUCCCUAAUCAACAUUGAAUGCUGUGCAGCUUCAGCUGUUCUAUUGGAUUUCUAUUCAUUUGGUUAAAAGCAGUAUUUUUUUU